AUGAACUUUGGGACAACAGGAGUCAGUCCAGGUCAAGAAUUACAACAGGAAAAGACUAGAAGAGAAAAUAGAGAGCAUCUGUUUCAGAGACUUCAUCUUGAGGGCAAACUGCAAAACAAACUGGAAAGAGAAGAUGUUCUUCAGAUAACUGCAGAUUCAUCACAGUCUCAAGAGUCUUGUGCUGAAGAGGAACUGUUUCAGACAUUCCUACAAAAACUACUGUUGAUGAACUACAGAGCAAGAUACAUUAAAACUAAAGAGACCAAAAAACAAGAACACACACAACAAAAAGACAAUGACUCGUCUGAUGAUGAAGGUGAUUUUUUCAGAGAAAUGUCUUUGUCUAAUGAAGAAACAAGCAGAUCAGAUCCUGUUCACCCAAUGGAUGUUCAGAUGGCCGUGUUUCAUUGUGCUGAUAGUUUCCUGAAGCAGCUGAUGGUGACUAAACUGUCUCAGUGUCAGUAUGCUCUGCCUCUGCUUGUACCUGAUCCAUUCACACAACACAUUGAGUUUCCUCUCUGGACAUUCAGACAAAUCAACAAGAGCUGGAAGACAUUUGAUGAUGCAGGUGAAAUCAUCAGUAAAGUCCAGUCAGUCUGUAAGGCAGAAACUCCAAUGGUGUGUUUCUUCAGGUUUGGCUCAGUGUCCUCAUCCAAGUCUCAUCUGAUGAACAGUCUGAUCAAUGAGAAACACAACACGUUCUUCCACAGGAACUGCCGAGGAAGCAGCAGAACCAGAGUACUGAUGGAUGGAGUGGUGGAGAUCGCCUGGUACUGCCCGUCUGGAAAAAACACAGAUACAUUUACUGACUGUGUUGCGUUCUGUAAUCUACAUGGAGAUGCAGGAGACAAUGAGAAACAGCUGCAGAUCCUCACUCAAAUGUCCUCAGUCAAUGUUGUUAUUCUACCACAACUUGACAGGGAUGACAAAAGUGCAACACAGAUCCAAAACCUGUACAAUACAAGAAAGCCACUCAUUUGCCUUUUUACUCAGGACAAAUCUGCUGUAAUUCAGACAAAAAAAGGAAAAUACAAAAUAGGUUUAAUGGAAAGAAAUCAGUCAGAUGUAUCUGAAGAACUCAGAAGAGCUAUAAAUGAUUGUCUCUCAAUCUCAUCUUCAGAAUCAUCUUCCAUUUUCAAACUUGAAAAUGUGUCCAAACACUCAGAUAUCAGAGUAGAUGAAGAUGAUGAUGAAGACUGUAGGAGAAGAAAAGCAGCAGCACAGCAGAUGAUGAGAUUACUGGAGAAUAAAGAUCUGACACAAAUCAAAGAAUCAUUUCUGCCCUGUCAGGGAAAACUGUGGCAUCAGUGUUGUCAGACGAACAAAGAACUACAUCGACCUCAAGGGAGUAAAUCAGACAGGGAGAUAAGUGUAAAACAAACAGAAUUGAUGGAUGUUCGUAAACAGCAGCAUGAAUGUGUCCUUAGUGACUUUAUGAAGUGCUUUAUUAAUGAAAUUAAUGAAAAAUAUGCUGCAAAUAAUAAAACUGUUUUCCUCCAAUGGCUUGGGAUCCUCAUGGAUGAACACACCUCAACUGAACUUUCUGAUCUACAUCACAAAUAUGACGAUAAGUGGUCAAAAGUCUUACACCUGAAAGAGAAAAAUAAGUCUGAGCAACUCAAAACAGAACAAAGAGAACAACUUAAAAAUGAUCAAACAGAACUGGAGAGAAUAUCUGAGGAGCUUCAGGAUGCAACCUUUGGUUUGGAGCACAUCCUGAGAGAGAUCGGUCAGAUCUAUGAAUCAUGUUCAUCUGUGGAGAAGAACAAGGAAGGUCUGCAGUUUCACUUCUCUUCUCUCCCGAGUCUUGCAGCAGAGAUGAUGAUCUCUGGAUUUCCUCUGGAGCUGAUGGAUGGAGAUGCUGCUCAUGUUCCUCUGAUCUGGAUCUCUGCUGUUCUAGAUGAACUCAUCAAGAAACUGGGAGACCAGAGAGUGUUUGUGCUGUCAGUUUUAGGGGUUCAGAGCUCUGGGAAAUCCACCAUGCUGAAUGCCAUGUUUGGUCUACAGUUUGCCGUCAGUGCUGGCAGGUGCACCAGAGGAGCUUUCAUGCAGCUGGUCAGAGUGUCAGAGGAGAUGAAAGAACAGCUGAAGUUUGACUAUAUUCUGGUGGUUGAUACUGAGGGACUUCGUGCUCCAGAACUGGCUGGAAGAUCAACAAGACAUCAUGACAAUGAACUGGCCACAUUUGUUGUGGGUCUUGGGCAUCUGACAUUGAUCAACAUCAUUGGAGAAAACCCAUCUGAGAUGCAGGACACUCUUCAGAUUGUUGUUCAGGCCUUCCUGAGGAUGAAGAAGGUCAGACUGAAUCCCAGCUGCAUGUUUGUGCAUCAGAAUGUUUCAGACGUCACAGCUGGAGAGAAAAACAUGGAGGGAAGGAGACGACUGCUGGAGAAACUGGAUGAAAUGACAAAACUUGCUGCUAAAGAUGAAGUCUGUGAUGCAGAAAGUUUCAGUGAUGUCAUUGAAUUUGAUGUUCAGAAUGAUGUGAAAUAUUUUGCACAACUCUGGGAGGGCAGCCCACCCAUGGCACCACCAAACCCAAACUACUGUGAAAAUAUUCAAGAAUUAAAGAAAAACAUUCUUAAACGGGCUUCAAAAUCCAAUGGCAUGAUGUUGAAACACCUGAAAGAUCGUAUUCAAGAUCUCUGGGAGGCUUUACUGAAUGAACGAUUUGUGUUCAGCUUCAGAAAUUCUCUGGAGAUUUCAACAUACAGGAAACUGGAGACAGAAUACAGCAAGUGGACCUGGAGUCUCCGGAGUGCCAUGCUGGAAAUUGAAAACAAACUGCACAACAAAAUAGAAAAUGAAACAAUUCAUGAGGUUGAUAAAUCACAUCUUCAAAGAGAACUGAAAGAGAAAAGUGAAGAAGUGAAAAAAUCAAUGUCAGAUUUCUUUGAGAAAGACAAAGAUAAAGAAAUACUGAUUGAGUGGAAAACUUCAUUUGAGAUAAAAAUUAAAGAGCUUCAAGAAAACAUUGUGAGAGAAACAAAAAGAAAAUUAAAUGAGAUUCUUCAGCAGCGAGAUCUGAAGAAAAAGAUUGAUGCUCAGAGGACACAUCAUGAAAACACUCUCUUUAAAAAGAGCAAAACACUCGCCUUAAAACUCAAAGACAAAGCAAAUGAUGAAGAAACACUGAAGAAAGAGUUUGAUUGCUUUUGGAAACAGAGUGUGGAGAAGAUCAUCAGAGACACUCCUCAAAUCAAAGACAUUGACAUAAUAAGAGAUGUGAAACAACUCCUGAGUGAAAUCUAUGAAAGUUCUCCUGUAGAUCACUGGACGAGCAGAGAUAUGUUCUCUGUGCCAAGUUAUUCAGAUUAUGUACAGAUAAAGAAAUCCAGUGGAAUUACAGGACCUGUUAGAAACCUCUACAGAGCAGGUAAAGAGAAGUUUGGUGUUGUCCUGUCUAAAGAGGAUGAAACACAAAUAAGAACGUUAGUCAAUGAAAUUGCUCAUGAGACAGACAAGAAGAUCAUGUCAUUCAACAUUUCAAAGAUGGGCUACAACAAAAGCUACAUUCAUGAACUCACAGACUAUAUAAAGGCAAAACUCACUGAACAUGAGGAAAGUGCAGUAAAAUAUGUGUUCAAGAAUGAAUUCUUCAUGGAUUUGCUGCUUUCUAUCUGUAAGAGAGCAAACCAUACUUUCACUGACCAACACAGACUGUUCAGAGAAGCCAAUGAUCCUGUUCUCUACAUGGAGAAGAAGAGAGGAGAGUACUUCAGUGUUUUCCAGAAAUAUUGUAAAGGUGCAACAUCAGCUGCUGUUUUUGGUGAGAUCAUCUGUCAGAAACUGAAAGAUCCCAUUGAACAGAGUGUCUACAAAAACACUGCCAGAGAUUUAGCAGAUGAAAUGAGAACAAACUGUGAAUCACUGAAUGGAAACCGAUCUAAACUGGAGAAACACAUCCUGAAGACACUGGCAGAAGAGGAGGAUUUUAACAAAUACAUGAACUACAUUCAGAAUCCCAGAGAUCACUUCAAGAGUUUCAUCAGAGAUGAAGUCAGUCAGUACAUCACUGAUAAGUUCAGUGUCGGUGUUCACCCCAAGAUGAUGAAGAACAUCAAACUCCUGCAGCAGAAGAUCAUGAACGCAGCUCAUGAAUCUACUGAACAUGUUCAAGUGAACAGUGGAGAUGUUGAUUUGUGGUUGACGUGUUUCACACAGCUGCUCUCAGAUGUGCUGAUAUUCUCUGUAAAAGACUUCAGUGGAGUGAGUCCUGAUGAUGUUGAUGAUUUCAAACUCCUAGAAGAUGUGAUCAGAAAUGAAAUUCCUCCAUUAAUAUCUGACAUAAGCAGUGAAUUCAGUACACAGACUUUUAAACUGAAGCUGGACUGUAAAUACAGACCAGAUGAGAUUCUGAUUGGUCACUUCUGUCACUGCUGUUGGGUUCAGUGUCCUUUCUGUGCUGCAAUCUGCACCAACACACUAGAAGACCAUGAUGGAGAUCACAGUGUUCCUUUCCAUCGAGUGAAUGGACUGAAAGGAUGGUAUUGCCAAGGAACAAGGAAUCUCAGCACAAAUUUUUGUACAACUGUAGUGGCAAGUGAUAACCGUUUUAGUGCAUCAGAUCAGUGGUUUCCAUACAAUGAAUACAGAACAGCAGGAGGAGUUUAUGCUAACUGGAGCAUCACUCCUGACGUCUCUCAGCUGCCGUACUGGAAGUGGUUUGUGUGCAGAUUCCAGAAAGAUCUGGAAAAUAAUUAUGAUAAAAAGUUCCUGGGCUGGGGUCAGAUUCCAGAUGAGUGGAAGAAGCACUCAAAGCAAGAUGUUAUUGAGAGUCUGAAUAAAUACUUUUAAUAGGCCUACAUAUAAACUAAUAGAGCAGUUUAAGAAGCCCUUUAAUUACAGAAUACAAUAUCAAAUAUAAAUGUCUCGGUAUGGAACCGGCUGCUGGAAGGUGUUGAAUUGUUUAAAAAUAAUGCACACCUGAGGUGAUAAUGUGGUCACGAUGCGCAGCGUCGAUGUGUGCGUGUGCGUGUGCGUGCGCGUGCGCGUCAUCACUUGUUAAGUAAACGCCACACGCCAUCUGAUGUUAAUUAAGCAGCUCAUGUAACUUAAUUAGCGCAUUCAUUUGCUCAUUUACAUAACUCCUCCUCUAUCACAUUUGAGUUAUCUACAAGCUGAUGGUGACUGAGUUAAUGACGUCUCUAAUAGCAUCAGUUUCUCUGGGAUCAACUAACUGAAAUACAAUCUUUAGUGUUGUGCAUUUUUAAUCUCUUUGCUUUACAUUUUCUCUUUAUAUUAAUCUCAUUUACUGUUAAUCAAUAUUUUAUGAUUGUCUGUUAUUAUCUUUAUUUUAAUCAUCAUAUUACAUGUAAAGUGAUGUAUGUUAUUUGAGGGGUGACUG